CAAUGUGUCAAAAUAGCCAUGUGAGCUUGAGGUUUGUAAAUAAUGUUAUUGCAAUAAUUGUUGUGCUAAUUUUCUAAUUUAUAGGUUUUCUUAAUAAUUUGUUAGAAAAGUCUAUCUAAUAUUAAGAAUAUAUGUGUUAAGUCCAAAAUGGCAGAUGGUCAGUUUAGUGAUUAUGAAGAAGAUAUUUCAAAGAAGGUUAAAACUGUCCGGUUUGCAGAGACCCCAGAGGUGAGAAUACUUAGCAGUGAUGAGCUUGAUUCUGAUGAUUAUUUCUAUGAUUCAGAUGAACAAUUUGGUUACGGAAAGAAAGAAAAUGUCAAUGCUCAAAAUCCAACAACAAAAGUCACUUCUUACCAGCCUACUGAGAAAUUGUUCAAACGGUAUAUUAAUAAAAUUAGUGUAGAUAAAUAUGAGCCUGCUAUAAAUGAUAGAGCGCAGAAGUUCAUGGAUCUAAACGACCGCAAGUCUGAUAAUGGAAGGAUAAGAAUCAAGGAUAAACAUGACAGGGCUACUGCUGAGCAGGUUAUGGAUCCUCGCACGAAAAUGAUACUUUUCAAACUGUUGAACAGAGGAAUUAUUAAUGAAAUUAAUGGAUGCAUUUCCACAGGCAAAGAAGCUAAUGUAUAUCAUGCUACAUCCAAGGAUGGAAGAGAUUAUGCUAUAAAAAUUUUCAAAACUUCUAUCCUAGUCUUUAAAGACAGAGAUAAAUAUGUUUCAGGUGAAUAUAGAUUCAGAAAUGGCUACUGUCGCUCAAACCCACGUAAAAUGGUAAAGACAUGGGCUGAAAAAGAAAUGAGGAAUCUGGUAAGACUUCAUAAUGCCCAGUUGAAUGUUCCAGAACCUAUUAUAUUACGUAGUCAUGUUUUAGUAAUGACUUUUAUGGGGGAGAACGGCUGGCCAUCUCCUAAGCUAAAAGAUGUUGAGAUAUCACAGUCUACAGCUAGAUCAUUGUAUAGAGAUUGCAUAAUUAUGAUGUGGAAAAUGUUUAAUAUUUGUAAACUAGUGCAUGCAGAUUUAUCAGAGUUUAACCUUCUCUACCACGAAGGAAAUGUGGUUGUGAUAGAUGUAUCACAGUCUGUUGAGCAUGACCAUCCACAUGCUUUCGAAUUUUUAAGAAAGGAUUGUACAAACAUCAGUGAUUUCUUUAGAAAGAAAGGUGUAGCUACUUUAACUGUAAAAGAGUUGUUUGAUUUUAUAACUGAUGCAUCAAUAAAUGAAGGCAAUCUUGAAGAGUGUCUAGAGAAACUCUCUGAAAAGGCUGCAUCCAGAAAUUUUGAAGAGUUGACAGCUCAGGAGCAAAUUGAAGAAGAGGCCUUUAAGAAUAUUUAUAUUCCUAAAAGACUGACUGAGGUUAUUAACUAUGAACGUGACAUCAAUAAAGCCAAGAAAGGAGAGACAGAUGACUUGGCAUACAAGAAAAUUGCAGGUUUCAAUGAGGAUCUAACAGGAACUGUGAAUAAGCCUGACAUUCUCCAGGAGGAUGGUAUAUCAGACAGUGGGUCUGAAAACAGUUCAGAUGAAGAAGUUAAUGAGAACAAGGCUCAGUUCAAGAACAGUGCGAGGCCUCGCGAUGAAUCGCCCGAUACUAAAAAAGCAAGAAAAAAAGCAGUCAAAGAGGAACAAGCUGAGAGGAGAAAAACUAAAACAAAGAAACAUGUAAAAAAGAGACGAGACAAAGGUUGUGGUAAAAAAUAAUACAAGUUAUAAAAAUUAUAUAAUAUACAAAGUGUAUACAA